AUUCUUUGAACUACAGGAUAUACAUGGUCGUGUUGAACCAUUAGCCGAAGUAAAUUUAUCACCACCUAAAUAUGCAAAUGUACGUGUAAUAUUUAAUGAUCUAAGUAAUGAACAAUUGGAAAAUGAUCAACUAAGCUAUGAAUCAUUAGUGAGACAAUGUAAAGAUUCACGUUCAUUUAAAGUUGAUCUAAAUAAAUCUGUACGAAAUUUUAAAGUGCAAUUAAGCUCAUUAUAUAAUGUAAUACCAACAAAUAUUCGUGUAUUCUAUAUCGAUACUGAAAUGUCCGAAUUAUUAGGCAUCCUGCAUAUUGAAGAGUUACGUUUUGCACAGAAAAAACUUUAUACAUAUAAUGUACAGGAUGGUGAUGAAUUUCUUAUCGAAAUGAAAUGAAAACACAUCAUUCAAAAAUCAAAUCAUUAUCAGUGAAAAAAACAAACAAACAAACAAGUGCAAAAUUUUCAUUUUGUGAAAUGAAUGAU